CCUCAGUCAUCGCCAUCUUUGCUAGCGGCGGAGGAGGAGGAGGCGGCGGAGGCUUGCGGCUCCCGCGGUGUUAGAGACGCGGCGGGCAGCAGCAGCGGAGGAGGGAGACGUCGGGGUUGAGGAGCCGCCACCCGGGGUUAGCUAGGAGGAGGAGCGACACGGAGGGGUGAGGAGACACAGGCAGCGACGGGGGGACCACCACCACCCACCCCCCCUACCCCCGACUCCAGCAAGCGUCGGGAGAGGCACGCGGCGGCCGGUGCGGCGACGAUGACGAUGAUGGUGGUGGUGGUGCUGGUGGUGGUGGUGGUGCUGGUGGGGCUUCGCGCCGCCUGAGGGAGGCACACGGCGGAGGUGGGAGGAGGAGGAGGAGGCGGGGAGGAGGGGGCCGCGCCGGUGAGGGAGCGAUAGGCGGCGGGGAAGCCAGUCAGUCAGUCGGUCAGUCAGUCCGUCUAACCUGGAGCGAGAGGCAGCCAGGCAGGCAGGCAGCCCGUCUAGCCCGCAGAGAGGGUGGAGAGUGGGUGCUUCUACUGUACCAGCCGGGAUAUAUCCCCGAGGGAGAAAGGGGAGAUAGUGCGGGGACAGUCAGUCCUAGCGGACUCUCUCUCUGGGACAAGAUCAUACCGAUCAAAAGCGCAGGCAGUGCUGCUCGCCACCGUCUACAUCGCCCGGAGAACGCGGCAGAUCGAGGGAGGGAGGGAGGCGGUCUCCUGUUUAGCCCGCACAGCAGCGAGCUCACCUCGUUGGGGGAGAGGCAGGCCAAGUGACCGGAUACGCCUGAGCGACGAGCCUUACAAAGCGAUCACGGACACAGCCAGCCCUGCUGGCUUGGACAACCAUCCUGGAUAUAUAGAGAGCAAGACAGUCCGGCUUGGCCGGCGAGCGCUUCAUCCCGGACGUAAGUCUGGGCGAGCUCAUUAAGUCAAGCUCGAACCAACCAGCCCUUUAUUAUCUGGCUCAUCAAGACACAGCCAGCUCGCCCGCCCACCCACCCACACGCCCAUCCGGCCGGGGGUCUCCGGCGUGUCUCUCGCACUCCCCUCCGCACCGUGACCACAGAAGAUGGCGCACCCGUCGGUGCCGCGGAGAGGCAGCCUCAACACGGGCGGCUUGGACGAGGGAGGAGGCUCGGUGCCGGGUCCUCAGCAUCCGCAGCAGCAUGUGCAUCAUCAGCAGCAGCAACAGCAGCAGCAGCAACCGAGCUCUCAGAGCCUACACAUGCCCACCAAGAAGAAGAGCGGCUUCCAGAUCACGAGCGUCACGGCCGCUCAGCCCAACAGCGUGGCCGAGGACACGGAAAGCUACGACGACCUGGACGAGUCGCGCACCGAGGACAUUUCGUCGGAGAUCUUGGACGGCUCUCGCAACGCCGACUUCGAGCCGGGUGCCUACGAGCGCAGCUCCUCGGAGGAGACGCUCAACAACGUGGGCGAGGGCGUGGACACGCCGGCUCUCACCCCCGUGCACGCUCAGGGCGGCGUCUUCAUGGUCAACGGGGGCCCGCACAUCGGGCCCGGCAACGCGGCGGCUCAAGGGCACAGCGCGGCCGUCAACCUCACCGCGCCGACUCGGGUCGCCCCCUCCCCAGCGGCGGCGGCGGCGGCGGCGGUGGCAUCGACAGCACCAGCAGCAGCGCCUCCCUCGAGCCAGACGGUCGCGGGACCCGCUGUGGCGGCCGCGUUCUCGGCUCAAGCUCAGCCCGGAGUGGCGUCUCCCAGAGCGGCGGCGGCGGCGGUGCCUCCUGCUACUCCUCCCCCGGCGGCGCAGGCGAUGGUGGCGGCUCCCGUCUCCGUGGCCACUGCGCCCUCCUCACAGGUAGCUCCCUCCAACCAGCAGCAGCAGCAGCAGCAGCCCCACCACCACCACCACCAUCUACCCGUGUGCAGUUCGCGCUUCCGCGUAGUGAAGCUGGACACCACCACCGAGCCCUACAAAAAGGGUCGCUGGACUUGCACUGAAUAUUACGAGAAAGAGAGCGCCUCGUUAGCGGCUGAUGCGUCCGCCGCCGCCGCUUCUGCUGCUGCUGCUGUUGCAGCUUCAGUUGUGGCUGCGGCCGCCAGGAAUAAUGUGAACGACUCUAUGAAGGAGAGCGGCGCCACGACUCUGGUUGUUGCCGCGUCCUACAACGCGGCCGAUGCUGCCAGCAGCGCUGCGCUGGCACGCGUGAAUUCGUUGGAUUACGGAUCUCAGCAGGGCGGUAUUAACGCGGUGAAUUCGGGCGUGCCCGCGGCGUUCAACAAGCAGCAGGGCAACACCGUAGGGCACAAUAUCCAGCAGCAGCAGCUGUCAAAUGUGAAUGCUUUUGUGCAAUCGGCGGGAGGGCAGGGUUCGAUACAAACCGUGGGCAUGCAGCAGGUGGUGAGUGCUUCCACUCAGCCGCAACCACCACAGCAGCCGCAGCAAAUGAGCUAUGCCGGGCAGCAGCAGCAGCAGCAGAUGGGUGUGCAGCCGCAGGGUCAGGCGAUGAUGGGGGGCAGUGCUUUGACUCAGGGGUCACUAACGGUGACCCAGAUGCCGGGGCCCGCGCAGACCGGUGAAGGGAACGCGGCCACUAUGGCCUCCUCGCAGCUCGGCGGGCAGCACCCACAAUCCACACCGGGUGUGCCCCAGCCGCAAGCAUUGGGACAGCCGGCCCAGUCCAUAGCCCAUCAAGUGAUUCACAAUCCGGCUGCGACCCAGCAACCGUACAUUGCGCAUCAGGGGUCAGUGGCGUCUCAGGUGACCCACCAGCAGCCUCAGCCAGGGCAACCACUCGGCCAGCAGACACUGUUGGGGCAGCAGCAGCAGCAGCUUCCGCAGGUGAUGCAACAGCCGCAGCCAAUAGGACAGCAAGCUCAGCAGAUGGGGCAGGCUUCAAUGCAGCCUCAGUUAGGCCAACAGCAGCAGCAGCAGCAACAACCAGGAGGACAGCAGCCACCAGUGAUGAUGGUCGGGCAGCAGCUUUCGCAGCAUAAUCCUCAACAGUCCCCUCAAGUGGUGCAGCAGAAUCCCAUGAUGCCACAGCAGCCACCUCAGUCUCCAUCUCUGGUACAGCAGCAGCAAGCCACGAGCCAGCAGCUUUUCCAACCGCAGACACAACAUCCAAUAGCACAGCAAGCUUUUCCUCAGCAGUCAAUGCCUACACAUGCGCUGUCGGAACAACAGCAGGCCAUCAACCAGCACAACUUUCAGCAGCAGCAGCAGCAGCAGCCAUUGACACAGCAGGCUCAGCCUAUGACACCACAGCAAGCUUUCUCUCAGCAGCCACCAAUGCAAUCACACGUGCUGUCAGAACAGCAGCAACAGGCCCUGAGCCAGCCUGCUUUCCAGCAGCAACAGCAGCCUCCCAUGCUCUCGGAUCAACAGUCAAUGCAGCAGCCGCAGGCAUCCCAGCCAGUGGGACCGCCAGGCCCCGUGCUUCAACCGCAGCAACAGCAGCAUGCGCAGCUGGUUGUACAGCCACCACAGCAGCAGCAGCAGCAGCACGGGCUACUGCCCCUGCAGCAGAUCCUGCCGGUGUCGGGUCUCGCAUCGGGCGCCCCCACCGGCAGCGCCGCUCCUCAACCCCUACCACUCGGCUUGCAGCAUCCUCUCACCCUCGGUGGCGAUCUCGGCGGAUACGGCGGCAGUUUCCUCCCACAAGCGGCCGCUUCCUUACUGCUCCAGCACGGGCAGCAGCAGCUGAGUCACCAGCAGAGCCAGGCGCUGUUCUCUCUGGCGUACAGCGUUGCGCAGACACAACACCAGCUGCCCGGCGGCCACCCGGAGGAUCCGUCGGGAGCGGCUGCCCACGGGGAGGUGCACGGCGAGAGCUUCGCCGGAGGAAUUCCUGUCAUCCCGCAGCUGCUGCCCAUGGCUGUCGGCGCCACGCAAGGCCUGCUGGAGUCGGAGGAAGAGAGGACCCCGUCUGCCGUGUUCUAUCAGACCUUGUCUGCGAACCUCCCGCGCCACGACCACCGGGGACGCUCCGAUAGUGCCUCCGGUGCGAGCGUGGUUGCCAUUGACAACAAAAUCGAGCAAGCCAUGGACCUGGUGAAGUCCCACCUGAUGUAUGCCGUGCGGGAGGAGGUGGAGGUCCUCAAGGAGCAGAUCAAGGAGCUCAUCGAGAAGAACAGCCAGCUGGAGCAGGAGAACCGCCUGCUCAAGAGCCUGGCGAGCCCUGAGCAGCUGCAGCAAAUCCAGAGCCAGAUUGUGAGCGUGCCGAGUGGCGGCGGGGGCGCCCAGCCGUCUACGCCGGGCGGCGGAGUCCCAGCGGUGGGUGCCGUCGCGGCCCCGCCGGCCGCUGCGGCUCCCGUGACAGCCGCCCCGUCGGCCACGGCGCUCCCGUCCGUGUGAGGGCUCCCGUCCGCCGGAUGCUGCCCCCCCCCCACCACCCCCGACCCCCUACCGACCCCAGGGCUAAAUUUCAGCUGGGUCUGUACGGUAUGGAUCGGCUGCCCCAGAAAAUCUUUACACGCCUAGCACGCAGCGUCCAGCUAUACGUAUCGCUACGGUUGUGGCUCCUACUGACGUGUGCCUACUCCCAAGUCCAUCAGCGGGCCCGGAAUGUGUUGGGUGAGAAAUGAAUCCCUGCUCCCCCAACCAGGGGGGGGGGGGGGGGGGGGCUGCCUCUUGAGAGACGACGGAGCACAGACUGACAGCCACUCCUCCUCUUCCUCCUCGUCGCAAAUUGCAAUAGGAUUCUUUGUUUUUUUUUUACCCACGUGUCACUCCGCCGCCUGAGCUUACAAGGACCUGACAGCCAUCUGUUACUGUGAUGACAUGUACAUAAACAUAGUUAUAUGAAAGAAAAAAAAUAAGUAAUUAAAGGUGACUGAUGUACUGUAUAU